CCCGCGGAUGGAACAUUUCCGCCAACCACCGGAAGUUUUGUACUAGCGCUUAACGCGAAUUCCGUUUUGACUUCUAAAAUAGUUGGCCUAAGUUUUAUUUAAAAAACAUUUUACAAUUUACGAGAGACUAAUACACGAUUCAGAGGAACAAUGUCCGACAACGAAGACAACUUCGAUGACGGAGAUUUCGAUGAUGCCGAGGAGGACGAGGGAUUAGAUGAUCUAGAAAACGUUGAAGAUGAAGACCAGGAGAACGUACAGAUCCUGCCAGCGGGUGAAGGGCAGCAGGCGAACCAGAAGAGGAUCACGACUCCGUACAUGACUAAAUAUGAGCGGGCCAGAGUGCUGGGGACCCGUGCCCUGCAGAUAGCGAUGUGUGCUCCAGUCAUGGUGGAGCUGGAAGGAGAAACAGAUCCUUUACAAAUAGCAAUGAAAGAGCUGAAAAGCAGAAAAAUCCCCAUCAUCAUCCGCAGGUACCUUCCUGAUGGGAGUUAUGAGGACUGGGGCUGUGACGAGCUCAUCAUCACCGAUUAAGGAGGUUCCCGUCUCUGCUGGUGGAGAUGUUUUUAACACUGCUGUAGCAGAUCAGUCAGAGGUACAGACUCCAAAAACACUGACAUCACGACUGACCUGUUCAAGACUCUGUUCCACUAAAUGGGAUGUGACUGGUGAGAUGUGAAAAGAACACAAAGUGAGACGCAUCCAAGGAGUGGACAUUCAAAAAGAUUUGGAAACAAAAGUGAAAAAUUGUUUUUUUCGCAGACGCAUUAUAACUAACCACCACAAGGGGGAAGUGUAACUCAAGUCGUGAAUCUAUUUUAUUUCACAAAAUAAUCCUGUGUUAUUCCAUUUGUUGUUGUGCUGCAUAAAUGUAAUUGCUAUCAAUUAUUUUAUAGUCUAGAAUAAAACCCUUUUGUAUAACCCA